CACCAUUUUUGUUCGUUUCCCCUAAAAUUUACAAAAUAGAGAAUAAUGAAAAAAACCUAGCCUGCUCCGCCGUGGAGGAGAUUCACACCACGACGAGCUCGUAAUCGGAGACAUCGAUCUCGCUAUCGCUGGGUUUCUAUGUUUACAUCGCUAAGAGAUUAACCAUCGAGCGUAGUGAAUUUGGUAUUGGGGGAUCAAGCGAACAGUAUCAUUUGAAAAUGGUGAAAGUAGUUGCUCCUAGUAGUUCUCUUCAGACCACUGGAGGGUCCAAAGCUGCGCCAAAAGCUAAGAGGAAGACGCCUUCUGAACUGAGAGGAGAACAAUUGAAACGGACUGCUUUUGUGGACCAAGCUAAAGAAGCUUUUGAUGCAUUGCGUCCUUGCAAAAGUGCUGAGAAAGAUAAUGGGCUCAAGAAACAAGAGCUUUCGAAGAAUCCAAAAUACAUAGAGAUGCGUAUGGAUGAACUGUAUCCUGUCAAAAAGGCUAUGCCUUGGAUGCUCUCUGGCAAAGAAAACUCUAAGGAAAAUGGUGCGAAGCAAUCCAGCAGCCUAAUCAAUGUUUCUUUACUCUCGAAUGUUGCUGCCAACAAAAGACAACUUAUUCGUGAGGAGAAUAAUGCUUCUACUGAAGUUUAUGAUGAUAUUAAGGCUGAAGCUCGUCAAACAAAUGAAAGAUGUAGCCAGAGCAUAUUUCGCAGUGUCACAGAACUUUCAACCAGGGGUGAAGAAUUAUCCUGCUUGCCAGAUAUUGAUAUGAACAAAGCAUUGAAAGGACUUGCCACUUGUGAACCAUUGCUGGUUCAUCCUGCCGACAUAAGUGUGAAAGAUGAUACUUCUGCUUCAUUAAGUGGAAAUUUCAUGUCUGAGUUCCAAGUUCCUGGGCAAAAGAUCCCUCUGGACCUUUCCUUGAAGACUUAUGCUCGACUUGUCUCCUCUUCUCCAUUAAGUUGGUUACAUAGGUCAAUCAUGGGUAGUACCUACAAUGGUAUGCCACAGCUGAAGUCGCUGUCGUGUAAUGUGGUAAAUCAAGAUAACAGUAGUGGUUCUGGAUCAGCUGUGGUUUCCCAAGUGUUAAAUUCUAUGUCGCUACACUCGUGGGUUUAUCCUCAGUCUACCUUGCCACCUUUUGUCUUAUCGGCAUUGGUAGCAUCUGGAUCAGACAGAGGUGAAGUUGAUUUCCUACAAAAUCGAAAAUUGGCAUGGGAGGAUGCUUUUCGAAGUCUAUAUUUCAUGUUUCGGAAGAAUCUCUGCAAAAUAUUUUAUGUCUGUACUUCUCAGUUUGUGGCAAUGUUCACUGGAAGCUGUGAGUCAGGAGGUGUCAAACGCUCAUGCAAUGGCUAUAUCACCCAGUCAACUAGAAGACUGAGAGCCAUGCUUAACGAUCUUGACAUCUGCUACUCUAUGCCUCUUUGCAAAACUAAAAUGGAUCAGACCACUGUUGAAGAUCUUGCUGAACUCUCAGAGAUAGAGAAUCACAACCUUGGCCAGAUUCGUCGUUCGCGUUCCGUCUCAAACAUUGAUAAUACUCCAGAAUCUUUCUUGGCUUUUGUCGGAAAUGAGAGCGUACAUGGAUUGUAUGAUCUUCUCUUAAAUUAUAGGUCGUCUUUUGAAUUUCUUCCUACCGCAGACGUUCCUGUUUUAUAUUCACCAGUGCCAUUUCAGAAUGCUGCACUGUCUUCUCCUGAGAUCAAAUGCACUGAGAUGGUAAGAACAGAACAUAAAAGUUGCUGCAUGGUUGAGAUAAAAGGUGAAUAUCUUCCGCCGUGGAUUAUUAGCAAUAUAUGUGCAAAUGUGGGUGCUAAUGGACAAAACUUUGAAGCCAGCUUUGUGACCGAGCCAACCUCGGUUAAUUUAAACAUUGGUCUACCACAAGUCCCUGAGAAGACAGACCCGGAGUCUCGAGUCAUAGAAGGCACAGGAGAAACAAACGACAAUGCAUCUGACAUUCCCGGAGCAGUGAUCUGCCCUCAGCUUCAAUCAGGCCAUCUAAAGAGCUUGAAGUAUUGCAACAAGUCUUACACGGUUUCGCUGUCUCCCUCGUGAUUUGUCUCUGUUUUUCUUUCCAGGUUUUCAUCAUUAUGUAUGAAAUGAAUGUACCCAAAAUCAAGUUAUAGACCCAAU